AUGAGUAAUACCACCAUACCUCCUGCACCAUCAAGCCAAGUUGUAGACAAGGCCAAUUGGGACUCUGCCCAAACAAAAUAUUUUUUGGAUCUUUGUGUCAAACAAGUUAAGGAAGGAAGGAGGUCUGGUUCACACUUCACCAAAGAAGGUUGGCAGAAGAUAGUUGCUAGAUUUGCUGAGAAAACUAGAAAGCGCUAUGAUCAACCAGAAUUGAAGAACAAAUGGGACAAUCUGAAGAAGGAGCACAUAUUGUGGAAGAAAUUACAGCUUCAUAACACUGGGACUAGAUGGGACAGUGUCCGUAACACUAUUCUUGCUGACAAUGACUGGUGGGAGAGAAGAAUUCAGUUGUUCAAUGUUGGUAUAUGA